AUGACGCACUUUACAGACAGCCUGGUACGAAAAACAUCAAAACGUCACCUGCAGAACAAAGAAUCAUUUCAGUUAUUGGGCAAAAGUAGAAUUGAGCACGCCCUUUCUGAAGCCGCUCGUCUGACAGCAAUAAAAUACAACGAACAAGUUGCACCCAGCAGGAGAGUAUUGGCUCGUUUUAUCCAGGCAAUUGUAUUUCUUUGUAAACAAGAACUAGCCUUUCGUGGGUAUCGAGAAGACGAGUACUCCAGCAACAAAGGUAAAAAUCUGGAAUUGUUGGAUUUACUAGCUCAAGGAGAGCAGUUAAUCCGAGACCAUCUGUCAUCAUCUUCAACCUUUAAAGGAACGUCUCCAGAUAUACAGAAUGAUGUAAUAGAAAUGAUAACUCUGGCAGUUAAUAAGAAAAUAAGAUCUGAAAUUCAGAACUGCAAUUUCAUUUCCAUUCAGGCUGAUGCAACAUUAGACGCAUCAUGGAAGAGACAAAUGACUAUAAUAUUCAGGUACUGUAUUGCAGACAAAAUUGAGGUAAUAUUCGUUGGAUUUUACUAUGUUUCUGGAGAUAAAACUGCUGAAGGCAUGUCAAACAUUAUUUAUGCAGUAUUUAAAGAAUGGAAUGUGGAAGGAAAAGUGGUUAGUCAAACAUAUGAUGGCGCUUCAGUAAUGGCAGGCAGAGAAAGAGGACUACAACAAUUGGUGAAAAAAUCAUCAAAACGAACUGUAUUGCUAACUGAGACAGGAUUUAAACUGCCACAUGCAAGCAACGCUCGCUGGAACUUCCGUUCCAGGGCAUUUUCAACAUCUAGUCAUUUCUCAGGCAUAUAUAGUGUUUUUAAUUAUAUAUUUGAUGAUACAGACUCUCAGUGGGACCCAUAA